AUGGCGGCGCGCUUAACUCCAUCGUUGGGGCGAGCGACGGCUCUCUCGCUGCUGCCCGCCUCGUGCUUCCUCUCCAGCCUGAAGUGCGACCUCUCAUUCAACAACAGCCUUGGCUUCGUCCCUGUCGCCCUGCUCGUCUCCAUGCUCCCCAACGUGCCCUUCACACAGGGCGUAUUGCACAGGAAGAAAGUGGCGCCGGUGCUGGCAGGGACUCUGAAGCCAGAGUGCAAAGCGGUCAACUUUCUCAAUAUGAAGCUACGCAAGUGCCCUGCCUUUGUGGUCGUGCCUCCCUCCGCAACACGCAACCCCAAGAAACCCCUCAUCCCUCCCUGCCCUUCCAUUCGCCUCGCCACCACCACCCUGAACGUCAAACGGAUACCGGCAUACAGCGGGGCGUGCUUCACGGUGCACCUGUCAACACUCACCAUCAAGAGAGGCAGCGACCCAACCCAAGCGUAUGGCAUACAGCGGGGCAUGCUUCACAGUGCACCUGUCAACCCUUACCAUCAAGAUAGGCAGUGGGCCCAAGGGCAUGGCUAG